AUGUCACAAUCCCGUGAUUCCCAAAGAACUGAUAAUCUUGUUGAUUUCGCUCAGCAUAUCAUUUAUACCACCGUAUUACCACUUGUUUGUACGGCUGGUGUAUUUGCUGCCUCCGUAUGUGUCAUCAUAUUCACUCGUCCACAAAUGCGCUCUUCAUUAAACAUUUAUCUGGCUGGUUUAUCAUUUUUCGACUUAAUUCUUUUACUUGUAUCACUUCUUAUUUAUCCUCCUAUGCAGAUCUGUUUGCAAAAUAACCAACAAGGUGCAGUGUGUGAAUUUUUUUGGAAGACGACACUUGUCAGUUAUCCAAUAUCCCUUGCAGCACAAACCUCAUCAGUAUGGACAUGUGUAGCUAUCACUGUUGAUCGAUACUUAGCUGUAAAAUAUCCACUGCAAACCCGCGUGUGGUGUUCAACAUCACGUGCCAAAUUGGUUUUAUCAGUGAUAGCAACAGUAUCAUUUGUUUACAAAUUACCAUCACUGUUCGAAUUAACAUUAGAUGAAUGUGGCCGUUUAGCUCCAACGCCAUUACGUACCAACGGCCUUUAUAUUGUUUUAUACAAUACAUAUGGUUAUUUGUUACUAUUGAUAAUCAUUCCUUGGACAACAAUGAUUGUUUUAAACGUUAUCGUUAUCCGAUCAGUACAACAAGCAUACCGUAUCCGUCGCUCUUUAAUGAGUCGUACCGCAAAUCUGGAUGAAAAAGAACGACAUUGUACACUUAUGGCUUUUGUAAUGAUUUUAACAUUUAUUGCUUGUAAUUUAACGGCUGGUAUAAAUCACAUUAUUGAAGCAUUCUUUGCCGAAUAUUCCCAAUUCUUUCGCUUACGUUUACCUAUUGGAAAUUUAUUAGUAUGCGUCAAUAGUGCUUCAAAUAUUUUUAUUUAUUCUAUAUUUGGUCGUAAAUUUCGACGGAUUUGUGCAGCUCUUUUGUGUCCGUGUAUUGUUAAUCGUAAUUAUAAACGAAUGAAAGCACUUGGACUCAAUGAGUUAACAAAUCAAUUAUGGAAUAAACUUUCAAAUCAAACUGCACAGGAAUCUUUCGUUCAGCAAAGGAAUCAACGUUCAAUUUCAAAAAUUGGAAGAAGUUAUAAGGAAGAAAAAUUUGCUAGUCCUAAUAGUAUUACAGAAAGUUUGAUUGAAAAUGUUAAAUUUGAUGCACUUGUGAAAUGUUCAUCAGAAUGA